CUGUCCAUUGAUCCACAUUGGAGCUUUGAACUCUUCUUUGACUUUGUUAUGGAGCCUCUUGUCUCUCCUCCAAUCAUCAUCCGGCCAAGCCUCGCGAUCGAUCAGAUUAUUUCACGCGAGGCUCCUUGGCCGACGUCAAGCUUGGAGCUCUAGACUUGAAAUCACCACAAAUGCAUUUCUGCCUUGGUCAACAAUAGCAGUGACGGUGUUUACUUACGAAGAUGAUCUUAAAGUACAAGUAUAUAUCAUUGUAAUGGUAGGUAAAAUAUCUUUCCUUGCUGCCACGACCCCAAGUCGCGCUUUUCUCCUAGCAUGCAUUCUUCAAUCCUCCUUCCAGCUGCUCUCCUAAUAGCAGAAACUCUUUCCCACUCCCCUAAUUCCUAUAAAUUCGAUCCUCUUCAGCAUCUUGCAGGUGUAGCACCUCCAUUCGAUCCACUCGACCCUCCGCUCGAUCCCUCACCUCCUCAGGGCUGCAACGUAACUCGAGCAGCAUACCUCAUUCGCCAUGCAGCCAUCUAUGCAAACGACUUCGACUACGAAUCCUACAUCGAGCCAUUCGUCCAGAAACUCUCAAACACAACUGUGAACUGGUCUACGAUUCCAACCUUCUCUUUCCUCUCGACAUGGCAGAAUCCAAUCUCCGAUGCAGAACAGGAGAUGCUUACGAGGUCUGGCAAGCUGGAGGCUGCAAAACUAGGAGUGGAUAUUGCACAAAGAUAUCAAGGGCUAAGGACACCGGAGAAGAUUUGGACAAGUACAGCGGAGAGAACAGUGAAGAGCGCUCAGUCCUUGACACAGGGCUUGGCAGACGAUGCGUCUUCUAUAGACAUCGUUCAGGUCUCGGAGGGAGGGGAAGAAGGUGCCAAUUCAUUGACACCGUAUGAGAGCUGCCCCGCAUACAGUUCUUCAGCGGGCAGCGAUCAAGCAACUGCAUUCCUGAACCAAUACGCCGCCCCAAUAACCGCACGCUUCAACUCCAUGUCUCCUGCCUUCAACUGGACCGCCUCAGAUACCUACGCAAUCGCCCUCCUCUGCGGCUACGAAACCGUAAUUCGCGGCUCCUCACCCUUCUGCUCGACCUCGAUCCUCUCUCCCAACGAAUGGCUAGCAUGGGAAUACACCAACGACUUAAUGUAUUUCUAUAACACUGGCUACGGCUCUGCCGUCUCAGGCGCCAUUGGGUUUCCCUGGGUGAACGCUACAAUGAACUCGUUAAUGGGAACCCAAAACAACAUGAGCAAUGCUACUACUGAUCAAGAUCUCUACAUUUCUUUCACUCACCGCGAACUCCCGCCUACCGUUAUCGUGGCCUUGGGUCUAUUUAACAACUCUGCUUUCUCCGGAGCGAAUAACAUCAACAGAACGAUGCCAUUAAACACCAUUAAUCAUCGACGAGCAUGGAAAUCUAGCCAUAUCCUCCCUUUCUUGACAAAUGUAGCAAUCGAGAAGAUGGGCUGUGAUAGUUAUGGGUUCGAUGAAGGGACGUAUUAUCGCGUUCUGGUUAACAAUAGUCCGCAGAGCUUGGAUGGGUGUUCGGAUGGACCGGGAGAGAGUUGUGAGCAGGGCAAUAUGACGACGUGGUUGGGUGAGAGGGCGGAGUUGGUGGGUGAGUAUGGGACGAGUUGUAUGGUGGAUUAUGGGAAUAGUACUGAUAUUUUGAGUAUCUAUAGCUCGUGAGGAUGAGUUAGGG